AUGACGAAAAAACAGGACCCUACGGCCCUCAUAUCGGAGGAGUCGAUCCUAGGAGACUCGUGGAUUCCGAUUUAUGAGGAGCCUGUGGACUUUGAGGCUCUGCAUUUCAACACAGCUAUGAGCAAUCUUAUAAGAGAACCCAACAUCAACUCCACCGUGAUCAUGAGAGCUGAUGUUCUCGAAGAGAACAAUUACAAUGAGAACGGAGAACUCCUAGAGACCAAAAACUACAACCCCGAUUUACCUGCUUUUAAUUCCGAAGAGUCCGAGCAAGAGCUACUCCAUAGAGACCUCGAUGAUGUGAAGCUUCGAACAGUACCACUAGAAGGUCUGAAAGUCAAGCUCUUAGACAGCUACAAUGUAAUUCGUCGCAUGAUUCCCAGAAAUCCCUAUAAAGACCAUAUCAUCAAUCAGACUUGCUUGGUGCUUCAGAGCAACCUGUCCAAGUCCAUCUUGGUGGUGUAUAUCCCCCACAUACAGCAUAUUGAAGAGGUUCCAUUUUAUCUACCACCCGUCGUGGCUGUUGGUAUACUCUUUCAUGAAGGUAAGCUUCUGAUCCACUAUGUUCCAUUUGACGGCGUCAACAUGAGGGCAAUGGACCUCGCAGAGCGACCAUUCAGAAUAGCAUUGAGACUUCUCCAGACGUCAGCUAAACAUUCGUCGGGAGCCAAGCUGGGAUACGAAAAGAGAGUCAAACACGACCUCGUUGUGCCACGAGUUGCUUUCCAGAACCGUUACAUCUCCUUGAAAAAAAAGUAUCUGGGAGAGUUGGUUGCAAACUGGUGCGAAAGCACAGAUCCCAAGAAGCAUGUUUUUGAAGAUUUAGCGGUCGCUGCAUUCCUCAUAGAGCUCUGGAACGACAGAUUCCCAGACGGAGAUUUUCAAUUCUGCGAUUUGGGUUGUGGCAACGGUCUCCUUGUGCAUAUCUUAAUUCUGGAAGGCUACAAGGGAAGAGGAAUAGACGCUCGAGCACGCAAAUCAUGGAAAACAUAUCCAGCGGAAGUUCAAAAGUGCCUUUCUGAACAAAUCAUCAUUCCUGGUGUCCUUCUUAAGCCUCAUCCCGCUGUAGCCAAGAUGGCACCUCACAUCACUAACAAUGGCCGUCUAUUCCAGGUUCCUGAGGCCGAUCUGCCUCAUCCCAAGCAGGUGCCGCUAAUGAAAUACUACUCGUCAGCUAAUCUUCUCGAAUCAUCUAAGGUUUGCACGACAGAGGACUUCCCCUCCAACACAUUCCUUAUAGGAAAUCACUCUGACGAGCUCACUUGUUGGAUGCCACUCUUCAACUUGCCUUUCGUCGUCAUCCCGUGCUGUUCCCAUGCUCUUAGUGGAGCUAAAAUCAGGUACAAUCCAAGACCAAAUUUCGACCCUGUCACAAAAGCCAAGUUACCUCCACAGAACGUGUCUACCUAUGGUGCUUUGGUAGACCAUGUAGAGGACUUGGCAAAUAAAAUGGGAUGGAACGUCGAAAAAGAGAUUUUGAGAAUACCAAGCACAAGAAAUGCCGCCAUUAUUGGUAUCAAAAAGCAAGAAGCCUUUGCUCAAGAGGCUGAGGACAUCACUGAGAUGAAAGUAAUAGACAUACUCGCUACAGAGGGCGGUGCAGAAGGCUGGGUCGAGAACUCCAUGGCACUUAUGAAGAAAAACCCCAAGAAUCACUAG